GCUUGCAGAGCUACAAGUGGUUGCAGAACUAACCUUAACCUGAGAGGCAUACCCAAUGAGAUCUGCGAGCACCUCCCCAAAAACUCUGAUUACAAACCCUUAAUGUUUACACAUGACGCACAGGCAUAAAGUCGACAGAGGGACAACGUCGCCACAACAUACAGGUGGAGUAGGGGAAUGGACCGUAUACUUGGAGAUUCUGCAAUGAGAGGACGAGCGCAAGCAACUUUUUAGACUGCAACGUCUGGAUUAUUUCCGUUAUCUGUUGCUUUUUAUUUUGCAAUUUCCGUAAGACUUGCUCUCAGAUAUUGGGCUGUUGUUUCGACUCAGCAUCACAAUGUUUAUUGCAAGGACAGUUAUUCUCAUGAAUUUGCUAGUAGCUCAUUGUGACAUUGUUCUGUCAAUGCAGAGUGAAUUUUGCUUUCCUGUGCGUCUCGAUCAGCCCGAAUUAGGAAAUAAUAAUUUUGUGAAAAACGAAAGGGAAGCAUUUCCCCAACACAUUCUAUUCCAAAUAAGAGCGUUUGAUCAGGAUAUUGUGCUCGACUUGCAUCCAGAUUCAAGUUUCAUUGCACCGAGCAGUGAUGUGGUGAGCGCAGAGCUGAGCCGGUGUUUCUAUUCCGGUGAUGUCAACUCUGAGCGCUAUUCUUACGCGGCGCUGAGUAUUUGCAAUGGCUUGCAUGGCGCUUUUGGGUACAACGGAAUGGAGUAUUUCAUCAAACCCGCGAUCAAUGAAACCUCCACGGGAAUCUACUGGAGACCCGAGAGAGCGCACGUUAUUCGGCGUCGGACCAACGGGAACCUCGGUGGCAACUCCACAUCCAGGUGCGCAGUGGACUCUGUCUUGAACCAGGAUGCCACACAGUCUCUGGAGAAAUACAAACACUUGAAGGAUCUUAACAGCCGCAACAUGACAGAAACUGUUUUGAAGAGUAGGUCUAAGCGAUUUGCCUCGAUUCCAAGAUAUGUUGAGACACUAGUUGUUGCCGACGAAUCCAUGGCUAAAUUCCAUGGAGAUGACCUUAAACAUUACCUGCUGACCCUGAUGUCAGUUGCAGCCAGGCUUUACAAGCACCCCAGCAUACUCAACUCCAUCAGCAUCGUAGUUGUGAAGUUUAUGGUGAUAAACGAGGCGGACAAGGGACCAAAGGUUUCUGGGAACGCAGCGAUGACGCUGCGUAACUUUUGCACCUGGCAAAAGAAGCUGAACAAAAACACCGACAAGCACCCAGAGUACUGGGACACUGCCAUCCUUUUCACCAAGCAGGACCUGUGUGGGGCGUCCACCUGUGACACGCUGGGCAUGGCCGACGUGGGGACCAUGUGUGACCCCAAGAGGAGCUGCUCGGUGAUCGAGGAUGACGGCCUGCCCUCGGCCUUCACCACCGCGCACGAACUUGGCCAUGUCUUCAACAUGCCACAUGACAAUGUGAAGGCGUGUGAGGAGGUGUUUGGGAAGCUGAAGGACAACCACAUGAUGUCCCCGACGCUGAUCCAGAUCAACCGCACCAGCCCCUGGUCCGCCUGCAGUGCCGCCAUCAUCACAGACUUCCUGGAUAGUGGACACGGUGAGUGUCUGCUUGAUCAGCCCCAGAAGCCCCUGGCCCUCCCCAGCGUCCUGCCCGGCGUCUCCUACAGCCUGGACCGCCAGUGUGAGCUGGCCUUCGGCACCGGCUCCAAGCCCUGCCCCUUCAUCGAGACGCCCUGCAGCCGCCUCUGGUGCACGGGCAAGACCCGCGGGCAGCUGGUGUGCCAGACGCGGCACUUCCCCUGGGCCGACGGCACCGCCUGUGGGGACGGGAAACUCUGCCUGAGGGGCAUCUGCAGUGUGAUGGAGGAAGUCACCAAGGCCAAGGUGGAUGGCCGAUGGGGGAAGUGGGGCGCUUUCGGAACAUGCUCCAGGACGUGCGGAGGUGGGGUGCAGCUGGCCAAGAGGGAGUGCAACAAUCCGGUGCCUGCGAAUGGGGGAAAAUACUGCCAGGGGGUACGGGUCAAGUACCGCUCCUGUAACCUAAUUCCAUGCCCAGACACAGGCAAGAGCUACCGUGAGGAGCAGUGCGAGGCCUUCAACGGCUUCAGCCUCAACACCAACCGUCUGACGCCCUCCGUGGUCUGGGUGCCCAAAUACUCUGGUGUCUCCCCCAAGGACAAGUGCAAGCUCAUCUGCAGGGCCAACGGCACUGGAUACUUCUACGUCCUUGCUCCCAAGGUGGUGGAUGGCACGCCUUGCUCUCCGGACUCCUCCUCGGUCUGCGUCCAAGGAAAGUGCAUCAAGGCCGGGUGUGACGGCAAGCUGGGCUCCAGCAAGAAAUUCGACAAGUGUGGAAUCUGUGGGGGAGACAACCGAAACUGCAAGAAAGUCUCUGGCCUCUUCACAAAGCCUAUACACGGCUACAACUUCGUGGUCAUGCUCCCCACCGGGGCGGCCAACGUGGACAUCCGGCAGCGCGGCUACAAGGGCAUAGUGAACGACGACAACUACCUGGCCGUGAAGAACGGCAAGGGCGUCUACCUGCUCAACGGGAACUACGUGGUGUCGGCCGUGGAGCGGGACAUCCUGGUGCGGGGCAGCCUGCUGCGCUACAGCGGCACGGCGGGACUGGCCGAGACCCUGCAGGCCGUCAAGCCCCUCGGGGAGGCCCUGACCGUGGAGGUGCUCUCCGUGGGCCAGAUGACACCGCCCCGCAUCCGCUACUCCUUCUACCUGCCCCGGACCGAGUCCAAGGAGGAGCGCGUGCAGAAGAAGGAGGAGCGCACGCGGGCCCAGAACAGCGUGCUGUCUGAGGACGGUGGCGGAGGUGGGGGUGAUAGAGCGGGAGGCGGUGGAGGCGUUGGCGGAGGAGGUGCAGGGGACGGUAUGGGGAAGCCGCAAGGGGAGAUGCUGAAGGAGAAGCUUCCCCCGCCGUCCUACCCCAAGCAGGAGACGCCGCCGGGAAAUUGGCAGACGUCCGGCUGGGACCAGUGCUCGGUGACGUGCGGCAACGGCUUCCAGCGCCGGAUGGUGCAGUGCCUGGGGCCGGAUGGCGGUGCACGGGCGGACUGUGAGACGGGCAAGCGGCCCAGCGCCCUGCGGGGCUGCGGGGACCCGUGCCCGGAGUGGGACGUGGGCGACUGGUCCCCCUGCUCCAAGAGUUGCGGCAAGGGCUUCAAGCGGCGGCCGCUGCGCUGCACCACCAAGACGGGACUGCUGCUGCCAAGGGAGCACUGCGCGGGCCAGCGCAAGCCGCAGGAACUGGAUUUCUGUUUGUUACGGCCCUGUUAGUGAAUGACCUCCAUCCGUCCAUCCAUCCAUACGUUCAUCCAUCCAUCCAUCCAUCUUAUCUGUUCCUCCCAGCCCGCCAAGCCCUGCCACUCCAAGUGCAAACAGAUCACCUCCCCCGCCCGUCUUAUCCCAUCCUCCCCAAAGACAGACUAGCAAAGAGCCACCACCUCCACCACGAAGCCAACAGCCGCCAACCACCCACUCCACACAUAUGGACUUCUCGUUUUGUCAAAUGAUAUAUUCAACACGAAAAUGAAAAGGAAAAGAAAAAAAGUGAGUGAAACAAAUGAAAAAAAGAGAAAGAACGCAACCAAAAAAAGAGACAUGACACCAAAAAAACAAAAAAACAAUGACCCAGAACUGUGUUUGUUCUGGUGCAUACAUUUUCUUGCAUCUGCAGUGCGACAGGGGAUAGGCAACAGGGUGGGGAUGAUAAAAACAGACUGUGUUUAAGACGGAGGGGGCAUGGGAAUAACAGACAGAGGAGACACAAGACAGAGAGGAGAGAGUAACAAAGCACAGAGGUAUAACGUGGAAGUGGAGCACAGUGGAGACCCAUUGCAUUGAUGUUCUUUUCAGAUUUCAGCUUACCAAAAGUCUACCUCUGGUUGUAACAGAAGAAACUGGGGGCCCUCAUGGUUCUUUUUCUGCCCACCAAAAAAAAUAAAAUAACGGUCGGCAGUCCUUUUCACAUGUCCAAUGGAGUGCCCUGCAGGUGCCCACACACUGCGAGACAUUGACAUCGCAAGAUACUGACCUGUCAUGUCAACGGUGCAGGCUUUUGUGUUUUUUUACGAUCCACGUUUCGUUUCCAUCAUGUUUCAAUUGUAGAGAAUGCCUUUUGCUAUUGUAAUGACCUAGUAUUUUUGGGUUCCAGGAACUGUGAGUUUGCAAAGUAAUAUCGUGCUCCUCCCUUGAAACAUUUCUUUCCCAUGAGAACAACUGUUGGUGUAAUCAUUGUGUAGGGACAACUGUGGCUUUAUCAACUGUCUCCAAGGUGAAAAUGGAUUUUUCUAUGUAUCUGGAACAUUCCUUCAAACAGAUAAGAGACUAGCUGAGUGAAUGCCAUUGUACUGCAAGUCUGGUUGCAAUAGGCACUUGUUUGAUUCUGUCUGACAUGGUGAUGGCCGGCGAUACGUAGAUGCGUGGCUGUGGCCUUAUGUGGCUGGCUUGGGCUACGGGGGAUGAUUUAUUAACAGGGUUUGUGUGCUCACUGCCCCAUGAAGGCUCUUCCAUUCCCGCAGGUUAAUCAUAAUCUCGGAGAAGAGAUACUUGGAGCUUGGUGCAGGAGCCACAUGCUUAGGCGGUGUAAGUCAUGCAUUCCAUGCUAUCUGAAUGUCACGCAGUGAGAGGCUACAAGGAGAGGAUCCAAAGUGCUGGAGCGUGCUGCAGUUUUCCCCUCUUUUGUUCCGAGCGCAGGGACAGCGUGCAGACACUAAUGCCCUGUGCAAGCAGCGCGAGCACAGACAGAAAUAACAGAGUACAUGCUGCCUCGGGCAUUUCUCAACCCCUUCCCUGGGUGCUGCUGUUUUGACAUGUUAUUGAUAGAUGGGGUAGCACAUAUUUGAUCUCAGCAAGUAGCAGUACAAAGCUGACCUGUGGUGCCGUGGUCUCACAAGACCUGAAAGGAGAACUUUUCAUGGUCACGGGAGGUCAUGGAAAGAAACACACAGGCAAAGACAAAGACAAAGACAAAGCCAGCCAAAUCUCAAGAUGGGGGCAUAUGAGGAAACAAACAGUGCCCGCUCACUCGAGCGCCUGUGUUGUGUCGCUUGGCUGGCCUGCACUCCUGGCUAGCUAGCUAGCUCCCUGAGGACGACUCCCCUGCCCUUUACAGAGCCUCAUACUUCUUCACUAUCACUGAUGUCCAGUGGGGAUCUCGACCUAGCGCUACAAGCUAGCCGAGAGGGAGAGAGACAAAGAAAGAGAUCCAUUUAUCAUCCAGUUUGAAGCCUUGAGUCCUUCUUGUGCCAUUCUCAGAGUGUAGUUAGUGGUUAGCUUUUUUAUUUUUAUCUGAAAUCGUCCACUGCUCCUCCUCAUGUUAUCAUUGAGCCAGCAGUGCGGCUGCUAUAUUCAUGCCCUGUCUGGUACAGUUGCCAUAGUAACUAAGUUAUUACUAGUAGAUUGUUUUGAAGAGGUGAGAAGAGGCGACAAGGCUGUACAGUGUUUUGUAUGUUUGGUGUCCACAGCCUGUGUGGUUAACAAAAAAAAGUUCUUUCUUGUUUCGCAGUUAUUGAAAAAUCCCUGUAAUCCAUCAUACAUUACAUAUACAUUUUUUGUUUUGUUUUGUUUUUGUGCGGUUCUUAAGAGGGACCACAUUGUCCAUCUAAAAGAUGGUUCCUGUAUUACUUGGAAUGUUUUUAAUUUUGUUUUCUUUUGCGCUUUUUAUUCUGCAAAAGAUUUCAACGUCCUGCAUGGGCUACAUUGUAUACCAUGUAUACAUCCAUCUGGCUGUGCACAAAUAAGUCAUGUAAAUACCUUUUUACGUCUUGUUAUAUAUUUUUUUGUUUUGUUUACGCUGGCAUUUUGAAUGGUCAUGACUUAAAGGUAUUUAUUCCAAAUAAAAAAGUGUAAAAAAAAAAACAAUAAGUACCCUGUACAUUCUUUAUGUCAGAAAACAGUUUAUUGAUUUGACAUAGUACUCACUCACCAAUAUGCAAUAAGUAGAGGAGAGAGCCAUGUAGACCCACAAACAUUCCAUUGCACUUGAUUUCGAGAUAACCAUUUUGUAUAGCUAAUGUGUCAACUGAGUGAGUUCUACGCACAAUGCAUACCCUGGAGUUGACAACUUAUCUAAUUUCUCUGUUGUUUUAGCACAUGACUUUCAAGUUCGUCAUAUAUUCUGUGUUAAAUGGAUUCGAAAUAGUUGAAUACAA